CUCACCGCAUGGCCCGACGAGUAUAUAUAGACUGGUAAGUCAACAGAUGCCCCAUACACUUGAUCAAACAGCAUACACCAUGUCUUCUUACCCUCCCACCAACACUUUUAACAACGUCCAGCCUGCUCUCCAGGAGAACCCCUACGUCCAGAAACAGCCCAUGACCCAGCCCUCCAUGGACGCUCAGCAGGUCCCUGCUGGAUCCAACCAGGAAGAUGAACAAGUCAUGAGGCUGCGAGGUGGAUGUCCCGGUCAUUUCUGCGGUUUGCGUGAGUCUUCUACUCUUUCACCGUCGGAAUGAAAGGAUGGAUCUGACUUUGAACACAGCCAUCUUGCCUUGCCGAUGCGACAUCUGUAUCUUCCCCAUCCCUUGCUGUUGAUCCAGAAUUGCACCAAAUAUUGUUUCGUCAUAAUCUCUACGGACCGUUGUACCAGCACACGCACUACAUGUAUCGAUAUUCCUUCCCACUUCCCCACCUUUCUUUCUUACUGCGCUGAAUGGAUUUGAUCAACAAUCAGCGUUCGCUGCGGAAGUGGCCCGUGGUGAGGAACCGCUGUGCUUCUGCGGACAUGUUGCCCCAGGCGUAGUCGUCGUGGUCGUGG